CGUGUCACAACUUGGUUGAUGAUACCAAACUAAACAUAUCAAAGUGUGGUCACGUGGUGCGGCUCCGGUUUCCUCGAAGCGGCUCUGUGAAAAACCACGUGACGCAGUUCUCCGUGGUGUCAGAGUGGAAAAGAAACAGGUGUUAUUCCUUUGUAAAUACUGUUAUUUGUAUAUACUGUAAAUGAUGACGUCCAUGGGCGGGAACCGAGCCCGGGGCAGCUGGGAGCAGACACAGAGCCAGACACAGAGCCAGACACAGCACAAGCAGAGGCCUCAGGCCACCGCAGAGCAGAUCCGACUUGCGCAGAUGAUUUCAGACCACAACGAUGCAGACUUUGAGGAAAAGGUUAAACAGCUGGUCGACAUUACAGGCAAGGACCAGGAUGAGUCUAUGAUCGCGCUGCAUGAUUGCAACGGGGAUGUCAACAGAGCUAUUAACGUGUUGCUGGAGGGCAGCCCAGACACUGACUCCUGGGAAAUGGUGGGUAAGAAGAAAGGGGUGUCGGGGCAGAAGGAAAUCAGCCAGGCAGAAACUGGCGAGGAAGGAAAAGAGAACAGAGAGAAAGGUGGAGAGAAAGAUGCUGCACGUCGUCGAGGUGGAGCUCCACGCAAGGGCCGUGGACCCAGCCGAGGACGAGAGUUCCGAGGCCAGGAGAAUGGCUUAGAUGGUGGCAAAGCUGGAGUAGCUGGAAGAGGAGCAGAGCGAGGCAGAAGGGGCAGAGGCAGAGGAAGGGGAACUAUUGGAGUAUCUGGACGGAGAGGGGGCAGGUUUUCAGCACAAGGCAUGGGGACUUUCAACCCUGCUGACUAUGCUGAGCCAGCCCAGACUGAGGAAAACUAUGGAGGGGGCAGUACUUGGAACAACACAGGAAGUGUGGAGUUGGAGGAGGGAGCAAGGUUGGAGUAUUCUGCAGGAGAGGCAACAAAUUACCCACCAAAGUUUGACUCGGCUCCUGGUCCCUGGAGAGCUGCCACGGAGGAGUGGGGCACUGAGGACUGGAAUGAGGAUCUUUCAGAGACCAAGAUUUUCACAGCUUCCAGUGUAGCUUCGGUCCCGGUGCCUCAAGAGAAUGUUACAAUCACCAAAGGACAAAGGAUUGACCUUGCGGUGCUGCUGGGGAAAACUCCUCCAUCCUCAUCCUCAGAGACGGAAAAUGCCCCAAUGGAGGCCACUCAGCCCCCCCCUCUGUCCCAGUCUCUGGUUUUCAGCAAUUCCAAGCAGGUCGGACCACUUUCCCAAACUUCCUCUAGCAGCCCAUAUUCCCAGCACAGCAUGGCCAGCAUGCUUAGUAAAGGAUUUGGGGAAGUGGGAGACCCUAAAGGAGGUAACACAAGAACUACUGGUUCCCAGUUCCUGGAGCAGUAUAAAACAGCCCAGGCUCUGGCCCAGCUGGCGGCACAACACUCUCAGACCGGACCUCCCGGCAGCGCGCCUUCAUCCUGGGAUAACAGUGCCUCCACACUGGGGCAGUAUGAAAUGAAGACUCAGUCUGAAUCUGGGAUCCAUACACCCUUUACAAAGCGGCAGCCCUACCAGGCUGCCACCUCAACUUCGUCCAUGUUGGAUGUUUUCCUGCAGGACAAAGGGCUGCCUCCAUCCGCCUCAGUCUCAUCAUCCUCCUUACCGCAGCAAACACCAACAUCACCCCACGUGGUACCGCCACCUGCUUCUUCCCUUCCCAAAAUGGCAGCUGUCUCUAUAGGUCAGCAGGUCUCCCCUAGUUCCUCCGACGCCCAGGGUUCAAGUCCACUGCCUUUACAGCAACACAAACUCAAACAGCAGAAGAAGAGAACUUCUAUUUCAACAAAGAUUCCUGCAAUGGCGGUUGAAAUGCCUGGCUCAGCAGACAUUUCAGGCCUCAACCUUCAGUUUGGAGCGCUGCAGUUUGGGUCAGAACCAGUUCUACAGGAAUACGAGUCCACCCCUGCAACUACAACACCCGGCAACCAAGUUCAGAACAGUCUCUACACAAGCCCAAGCAGUGAAUCGGCUCCAUCAAUUUCCAAUUCCAGCCAAAUGGAAAUGUACGAGCAGAGAGCACCUCAGACGCGCCGUUACCCACCGUCAGUCUCCUCCUCUCCCCAGAAGGACGUGCAAUCCAAGAAUGGCUUCAAUUCAAUACAAACCACUCAGUCUGUUGACGUAUCAGUGAAGCCGCCCUCUGAUUCAGUCACGCCUUCAUCCAUCUCCAGCAUGGGCACUUUGACAGACAGUGGCUCAGGCCCCGCCUCCCUGUUGACCGCAUCCAAUCAGACAAACCUUAGUGAUCUGAGCCACAACGAGGACCACCCGCCAAGUUCCAUCCCCCCUCCUCAGCAUAAUAACUCCCACCCAUCACAACAGAACAGUCUUGCUCCAUCUUCAGUUCGAACAUCAAGCUCAAGCUUACUGCAUCCCAAUGUAGACAGCGACUUGAGCCUGCACUCAUCCUUCUCUUCCACCGUCUCGGCUGUGCCAUCCUCAUCAGUCCCCCCCUCAUCUUCCUCCAUGGCUGGUGCACAGAUGUCUCUGGGAGUACCACAGGCCUCCUCGGUGGGCCCUGCUACGGUCUCGACUCCCUCGGCCCAAGGACCCGUCAGCAGUCUGGCAAUGGGCCUCAACGCUGCCUCCAUGGGGGCACCGACAGCAGCCCCCGCCUCAAUCUCAGUCUCUACAACAUCAUCGACCGUUCCCUCCUCAGCAACCUCUUCCACACGCAGCUCUGCAGCUUCCUCAGGGAAAGCACCUCCAAAUCUGCCUCCUGGUGUACCCCCUCUACUGCCCAACCCAUACAUCAUGGCUCCUGGACUACUGCAUGCUUACCCCCCUCAGAUGUAUGGCUACGAUGACCUACAGAUGUUACAAACAAGAAUACCAUUGGAUUAUUACAGCAUUCCCUUUGCGACUCCAACGACAGCACUAACUGGCAGAGAUGGUAGUCUGACAAACAACCCAUACUCCGGCGACUUAUCAAAGUUCAGUCGAGGUGAUGCAUCAUCCCCGGCUCCGGCCACCACGUUAGCUCAGACACAACAGAAUCAGACCCAGACACACCACACCACACAGCAAACCUUCCUCAACCCGGCGCUGCCUCCUGGCUACAGCUACACAAGCCUCCCUUAUUACACUGGCAUGCCAGGCCUGCCCAACACCUUCCAGUACGGACCUGCCAUGUUUCCGGUGGCUCCUACCUCUUCAAAACAACACGGUGUGAAUGUUGGCGUAAAUGCAUCUGCCACGCCCUUCCAGCAAGCUAGUGGCUAUAGUUCCCAUGGAUACAGCACUGGCUAUGAGGAUGUGGGCCAGGCUUCAGGGAGUGGGGAUUUCUGUAAGGGCGGAUACGGCACUGCCGUGGCCGCUGCUGCUUCUGCACAAAACAAGCCAGCCAGCUCCGUCACCGGGCCUGGAGUCGGAGUUUCUGUGACGUCAAGCAACACAGGAGUGCCGGAUAUUUCAGGAUCUGUUUACACAAAGACGCAGUCAUUUGAGAAGCAGGGUUUCCAUGCUGGGACGCCAGCAGCUUCUUUCAGCCUCCCCUCAGCGCUGGGGACCGGUGGACCCAUCAACCCCCCAGCUGCCGCUGGCUACGCUCCGGCCCCCUUCAUGCACAUCCUGACUCCGCACCAACAGCCCCACUCUCAGAUUCUGCACCACCACCUCCAACAAGAUAGCCAGAGCAGCACCGGACAGCGUAGCCAGAACGCCUCCAUUCAACAGAAGACUCAGAUAAACAAGUCUGCAUAUAACAGCUACAACUGGGGAGGAAACUAACGUCAAAGACAGGAGCUCCUCCCCCCCACGCUGAGCUGAGAGGAGGGGUUCGAGCUGUGAAGCCCCCCUCUUCCUCCUGCAGAGAUUUCCCUCCUCAGUCUCUUGGCCCAGCUGCUCCCUGCAGUUCCCACUGCAACCAGAAGAGGUGCUGUGCCACAGAGAACGAGCACCUUUACAGAAACAAGGAGGGGGAGGGGCUAAAUGUUGAAGCUCGAAAUGGUUAUAGAAUUAGGUGAAAUGUUGAGUGAUGGGAUUUUGUAUUGUGAUAAUCCCCCCCCACCCUGCUCUCCAUAUUUUUUGUUUCUUUAACUUUCAUGUAACAUAGAACUGUUUUCUAAAAGAAAAAAAAAAACAUUUCCUGUAUUUGUUUUCCUUUUUAUUUCCCACCUGUUUUCUUAGCUGAAUGAAAGGAAUGAAGUAAUACGUGAAAGUGGUUGGGAGGGGGAGGCAGGCUGGUUUUCUUUCUCACCCUCAACUCGCCUCUUUAAUCUUCCAUCACAAAAUAUCCAAAAAAAUAGUUGCUGUUGAAUGUUUUCUUUUCUCUUCUUCUUUGUCAUUUUAAGUUUGAAGAAGCAAUUCUCUUAUUUGGUAGAGUUGUGAAGUUUAUUUUUUACCAAAUAUAGAUAUAUUAUUAUAUAUAAAGACAUAUAAGUGAGCUCACUGGCUUGGACUGUGAGGAAGGUGUGUUUGUCAUGUGACUGCGUGCAUGUUUGUACACACGGGGGGCCGUGCUUGUGUACUGUGCUUUGUUUUUUAGCCUAGCACAGGAGUUUUUCAUUAUCCAAGGCUUGUACAGUUCCAUUUCCCGAGGUUAAAAAGGCGCUGCGUGAUGUCCCACCUUUUUUUGAAAAAUGUUGGAUAAUUUUUCCACGACUCACACCUGCUCCGCUUCUUUUUUAAGUGUUUUAUAGUUUCCCAGGCCCCACCCUCCACAGCCUCCAAUCCGCUUCGCCGCCCUCCCCCCCCGACCCCAUAAGGAAACUUGCACCAUCGAAUACUGAUGGACAGAGUUGUGCUUUGGUUUUUCUUUUGUCAGUGGUUUAUUAUUUUUGUUUUCUUCUUUUUGUACUGUGCGUUUUAAAACAAAAGAUUUAAAUGGAUAAAAUUGUCUUGUACAUAUAUAAAGAAAAACACAAGUACUGUAGUCUUCGUUUGUCAAUGGCUUUUUUUUUCUCAAAUCCUCACAGACUUGUUAGCUUUUUUUUGUUCCAUUUUUUUUAUUUUGUA